CUCGCGUCUCCCUCAGAGCGAACCAGCCUGUCAGACCAUCCAGGAGCACCGUCAACACCUCCUGCAUCGGGGCCGGCGACGCUUCACGGUUCGCGGACACACUUUCACGGAGGAAUUGGGUUUUUUGGGUGUUUUUUUUUUUUUUUUAACGUUUGGGUCCCUGAGUCUUUUGGCGAGCUUUCUUCACCGGUUGUCCUCGCUGACUUAUGGAGAAAAUGGCCAGACCUCUUCCUCUAAACCCCGGGUACCUGCCCCCGACCCACGGCGUGCUCAAAUCGCUCCUGGAGAACCCGCUGAAGCUGCCUUUCCACCACGAUGACGGUUUUGGGAAGGACAAAGAGAAGGAGAAGAAGCUGGAGGAUGAGAGCAACGUGGCCAGUCACCCUCAGUCCGCCUUCCUGGGCCCCACCCUCUGGGACAAGACCCUGCCGUACGACGGAGACAACUUCCAGCUGGAGUACAUGGACCUGGAGGAGUUCCUGUCCGAGAACGGCAUCCCGGCCAACACGGACCGGAGCGAGCAGACCGCCGCCGCGCCGCAGUCACAGGCCCCGCCCCCUCCGCCGCCGCACACGCCCCUCACCCCCCCCCACGCCCCCCACACCCCCUCCGUGGUGGACCUGAGCAGCCGCGCCACCACCUCCGUGCACAUGGGCGGCCAGACCUGCAUCCACAGCCCCCCUCCAGCUCUGCCCUCUGCUCGGGACACGCCCAGCCCCAUCGACCCUGAGUCCAUCCAGGUGCCCAUCACCUACGAGCCCGACCCGGCCGACCUGGCUCUGUCCAGCGUGCCCGGGCAGGAGAUGUUUGACCCACGCAAACGCAAGUUCACCGCAGAAGAACUGAAGCCACAGCCAAUGAUCAAGAAGGCACGCAAAGUCUUCAUCCCCGAGGACCUCAAGGACGAUAAGUACUGGGCUCGCCGCAGAAAGAACAACGUGGCGGCCAAGCGCUCCCGAGACGCCCGCCGCCUCAAGGAAAACCAGAUCGCCAUCCGCGCGGCGUUCCUGGAGAAGGAGAACGCCGCCCUGCGCGUGGAGGUCGCCGAUCUGCGCAAGGAGCUGGGCCGCUGCAAAAACGUUGUGGCCAAAUACGAGGCUCGGCACGGCCCCCUGUGAAGCCGCACCCGCCCGCACCUGUCUGCCCCCGUCAGUCCCAAAUUCCACCAAUGCUCCCCCCAUGUUUUUUGAAGGACAAUGUGCUUCUUUUUGGUGGCACUGCCUAACCCUGACCCAAAUCAAACCCAUACACUGUCAAAAACUGGACUAUCUACAUGAGUUCAUUUGACCUGAAUUUCUGCACUUGAUUUGAGUGGUUUUCAUAUUUAAACUGAGCUGGAGGUCUGAAUUCUAUGGCAGAUUUUACUGUGGAACUGUCAGAUUGCAGAUUUGUUGACCUGGUUUAUGGUUCACAUUUUUGUAAUUACUGAACCUAUCCACAUGAAACAAAAACCAGCACGAAAUUCACCAUCUUUUCUGUCAAUAUAAACAAACAAAAAUGAAUAGUUUCAGAAAAUUGUGCCAUUAUUCAACCCUAAAGACGUGAUUGUUGUCAGCUGAAAGGACUUUAAAAAACCAGAAGAUUAACAUGACAAGUUUGCGGAGCUGAUCCCAAACAAAUAAUGACCAGAAGUUUCAACAUUUGUGCGCCAUAAGUUUGGAUAUUUCUUUCAAAAACAGCGAAUCUCCCAUAGAGUUAUCUUCCAAACACUUCAUUAAUCCAAACAAGUUAAAACUACUCAAUAUCCUUAAUGAAAGUUCCGAAAUCUCAUGUAGACAUUACACCUUUUGCAGUGUACCAACCCGCUCCCUCGUUAUAAAUCUGGUAUUUUCGUGUCAUUUUUGAUCAUAAGCUUUGACCCUUGUUUUUCUGUACACAUUGUUCUAAGUAUAUGCAUAGAUGGUAUAUAUAUAUAUAUUUACACAUGCAUACUUCCCACUAUUGUACUGUGAGGAGUCCCGAUGAGCCAACCCUCUCACCAGCCAAUCGCAUCACCGCUUACACCUCCUCCUCUUUGUGUCUCUCUCUUUGCACUGUCAAAUACACAAAUGACAUUGUGAAAACGAUUAUCGAGUUAAAACGACUUGGAAUUCUCGAGUUAAGUGCUUCACUGCAAAAAAACAAACAAAAUCUAGCCAAGUUAAGACGAUUUGAGUUAAGAAAGUUGUAUCACGAUUUGAGUAAAUUUCUCUUGACGAGUAAAAUGAUCUGCAAUGGAACAAGACUUUUUGAUCUUUUUAAAAUAUAAAAAU